CCCCCGCUCCGGGGCUGCAGCGGCGCAGGCGCCCCGGCUGGCCGAGCCUGAGCCCAAGCACCAAGCCGGGGAGAGGGGCCAGGGCCAGAGCGCGGGGCUGGGAGUCCCGGGGCCAGAACCGGAGCAGCUCCGGGAGCAGAUUCUCCUCAGAAUGGCCCCUGGUGCUGGAGGAGUGGAGCCCUCAGGAACAGGGCGCCAAGGGGGCACUGGAUGACUCCCCCACCAAGGGACUCAGCCAUCUAUGACUCCAGGCCUUCAGCACCUGCCCACCGUGGUACAGUGCAGGAAUGCGGCAGCGGCAGCGGCGGCGGCGGCGGCGGCGGCAGCAGCAGCGGCAGUGGUGGCAGCAGCUGAGCUGGAGCGGCGUGGGCCGUGGGCCGUCAGGGCAGCCCUGAAGGGGCCCCCCUCCCCACUCCGCUCUAGUAGAAGUCGCCCCGGGAUGCCGUCUGGAGCCCGGAUGCCCCAUCAGGGGGCGCCCAUGGGUCCCCCGGGUUCCCCGUACAUGGGCAGCCCCGCCGUGCGGCCUGGCCUGGCCCCGGCCGGAAUGGAGCCAGCCCGCAAGCGAGCAGCACCCCCACCCGGGCAGAGCCAGGCGCAGAGUCAGGGCCAGCCAGUGCCCACAGCCCCUACCAGGAGCCGCAGUGCCAAGAGGAGGAAGAUGGCUGACAAAAUCCUCCCUCAAAGGAUCCGAGAGCUGGUACCCGAGUCCCAAGCUUACAUGGACCUGCUGGCCUUUGAGAGGAAGCUGGACCAGACCAUCAUGAGGAAGCGAGUGGACAUCCAAGAAGCCCUGAAGAGGCCAAUGAAGCAAAAGCGGAAGCUUCGGCUCUACAUCUCCAACACGUUCAACCCAGCAAAGCCAGAUGCCGAGGACUCUGAUGGCAGCAUUGCAUCCUGGGAACUGCGGGUGGAAGGGAAACUGCUGGAUGAUCCCAGCAAGCAGAAGCGGAAGUUCUCUUCCUUCUUUAAGAGUUUGGUUAUUGAGCUGGACAAAGACCUCUAUGGCCCAGACAACCACCUGGUGGAGUGGCACCGGACACCCACAACACAGGAGACAGAUGGAUUCCAGGUAAAGAGGCCAGGAGACCUGAGUGUGCGCUGCACCUUACUCCUUAUGUUGGACUACCAGCCUCCCCAGUUCAAACUGGACCCUCGCCUGGCCCGAUUGCUGGGGCUUCACACCCAGAGCCGAUCAGCCAUCGUGCAGGCCCUGUGGCAAUACGUAAAAACGAAUCGGCUGCAGGAUUCCCAUGACAAGGAGUACAUCAAUGGGGACAAGUACUUCCAACAGAUCUUUGACUGUCCCCGGCUGAAAUUUUCUGAAAUCCCCCAGCGCCUCACAGCCCUGCUACUGCCCCCAGACCCUAUUGUGAUCAACCAUGUCAUCAGUGUGGACCCGUCAGACCAGAAGAAGACAGCGUGCUAUGACAUUGACGUGGAAGUGGAGGAGCCACUGAAGGGUCAGAUGAGCAGCUUCCUUCUGUCCACAGCCAACCAACAGGAGAUCAGUGCCCUGGACAGUAAGAUCCAUGAGACGAUUGAGUCUAUAAACCAGCUCAAAAUUCAGAGGGACUUCAUGCUGAGUUUCUCCAGAGACCCCAAAGGCUAUGUCCAAGACCUGCUCCGCUCCCAGAGUCGGGACCUUAAAGUAAUGACAGAUGUAGCAGGAAAUCCUGAAGAGGAACGUCGGGCAGAGUUCUACCACCAGCCCUGGUCCCAGGAAGCUGUCAGCCGCUAUUUCUACUGCAAGAUCCAGCAGCGCAGGCAGGAACUGGAGCAAUCCCUGGGUGUACGCAACACCUAGGGACACCUCCCUGGACCGGACACCAUCAUGGACCUCCAGGGCCAGGUCCUCUGCCCCCCAGGGACCUCCUCCUGGGCUGUAACAUCACUCCUCAGACAUUUUCCAUGUGGGGCUGGGGGGACCAGAUUAAAGGUCAUUCAGCUACCA